AUGGAAAAGUUCUACAAAGAAAAUGAAGGAAAGCCAGAAAACAAGGGAAGGGCAGAAGACGAAGGAAGUACAGAAGAGGGAGGAAAAGCAGAUGAAGACAAGUCAGAUGCAGAGGGAAAGCCAGCAGCACGCCAGGGCAAGCUAGAGGAGGAGGGAGGGCCAGGUGAGCAGGCACAGCAGAAAGGUGAGGGGAAGGCCGAGAAGCAGGGCAAGUCUGACGGGGAGGGCAAGCGCCAAGGGGAGAGCAAGCCCGAUUCCCAGGCCAAAUCAGCCAGCGAGGAGGCGCGGGCUGCAGAAAAGCGCCCUGCUGAAGAUUAUGUGCCUCGGAAAGCAAAACGGAAAACAGACAGGGGGACAGAUGAUUCUCCCAAGAACUCCCAGGAGGACUUACAGGACAGGCAUGUAAGCAGUGAGGAGAUGAUGAGAGAGUGCGCAGAUAUGACUAGGGCUCAGGAAGAGCUGAGGAAGAGGCAGAAAAUGGGUGGUUUUCACUGGGUGCCAAGAGAUGCACAGGAUGCUUUAGUCCCCAGGGGCCAGCGGGGAGUCAGGGGGGUGAGGGGCGGCGGCGGAGGCAGGGGCCAAAAGGACUUGGAAGAUGCUCCAUUUGUUUAA